AUGUCGUCAAUGAACAAGUACUGGAUCCCACACCUGGAUAUCCACAAAAAGGUCAUCACUCAAGAGCUCCAGUACUAUCUGGGGCCUCAAGCAACAGUCAGACCUUUUACUCGAGAGGGAGAAGACGGAUUUCUGAUCACGACACCCGGGCCAUGCCUAACCGAUGAGCAAAUCGAUGAUAUUUGCAUCAAGUCCAAAGAGAUGUGGGAAAAGCAAGCAGCGGCUCGAGCAACCGGGACCCCGGAUAAACCUCUCAAGAGGCCGCUACAUCAGCCCGUUGUGAUAGCACAGGCAAGCUCAGGCGGAACGGAGCCCUCGAAGCGAAGAAGAGACGACCGACGGGAUGACCGGCGAGAUGACAGGAGAGGCGACCGAAGGGACGAUCGAAGGUGGGGUGAACAGAGGAGUCAACGUGAUGACCGAAGCUGGUCCAACGAGAGACGCCGUGAUUAA